GCGAGGACGCCGUAGAAAUAAUUGCCCAUUACAGGAAACAGCGAUCACCGAGUGGGGCGGCGAGCUACAAGGGUUCAAAGUGCAGAUAUUUGAAUAUUGAACAUCUGCCGAUCGGAAGUUUGACUCGGACCCCGUGCCUUGCGGCCGACAUAAUGGAGGGAGACACGAUAACAGACCUGUGUACCCCUGCUCUGGUAGUGGAUGUGGACAUCGUGAAAAGAAAUGCACAGAGGAUGACAGAGCGCUUUCUGAAAAUGGGAGUCCAGCUAAGACCGCACAUGAAGACCCACAAAACCCUUGAGUGCGCUGACAUAAUGACAGGUGGAUCACGGCGCUGUAUAGUGGUGUCCACGCUUGCAGAAGCCUCUUUCUACGCUGACCAUGGAUUUGAUGACAUCCUCUAUGCAUACUCUGUUCCCUUUGAUAAGGUGGAGCGCUCUGCAGCCCUCUCAGAGAGACUGACUCUCUUUCAGGUUUUACUGGAUCACCCUGAUGCUCUGGAGCAGCUGAGGAAGAGACCACUGAGAGACAGACGGCCGUGGCACGUCUGGCUGAAACUAGACUGUGGCAAUGGGAGAGAAUAUAUUAAAAAGCAUUUAUUCUCUCCAGCUGGGAUCUUACACUCAGAACCAGAGGCUAUGCAAUUGGCUCAGGCCAUCUCUGAAACAGAGGGUGUGGAGCUAACUGGUGUAUAUGCACAUUGUGGGAACACCUAUAACUGCAGAGGCAUUGAGGAAAUACAAGCUGUUGCCCAGGAAACUACCACCUUCGUUCUACAGUUUAUGGAUAAACUGAAGGCUGUUGGCAUCUCCUGCAAGUCCAGUAUUGGUUCCACCCCUUCCUGUAGCCAUCCAGUCAAAGACAUGGCCUGCCUUAGUGAGGUGCAUCCUGGAAACUAUGUCUUCUAUGAUGUGCAACAGUCCGUGAUAGGCUCUUGCAGCCUUGAGGACGUGGCCGUGCGAGUUCUGACCAGGGUCAUUGGACAUUGCCCUCACAGGAACCAGCUACUGAUCGACUGUGGCUGGACUGGAAUCAGUCUGGAUGGAGCUGGAAAACUUCCCACUGGAUACGCUAUGAUUGAGGGACAGCCUAAUCUUAAGUUGGUGUCCAUGACCCAGGAACAUGGGAGAGUGGAGCCCAUCUCAGACAUGCUUGACCACAGCAAAUAUCCUCUGGGUUCUUUGCUCACGUUGAUCCCGUACCAUUCGUGUGCAACGGCAUCGAUGCAUCCUGUCUACCACAUCCACUCUGGAGGACGUUUGGUGGGGAAAUGGUUGCCCGCACGCGGAUGGUGAAAACCCCACCUUGGACUGACAAUGAUUUUAUCCUCUUCACAGUAUUGGGUAUAAAAGUAGAUGCCACAGGCAAGCACAUUGAAACGAUUAUGUCUUCUACAAAAAAAAAAGAUGCAAUUUGUCCCUUCUAAUGUAAUAUGACAGAAUUUUUACUUAUCGGCAAACUAAGUAUUUAGGUACCUUUAUAAUAAUAAAAGCUCUUUAUUAAAUUUA